AUGGAACGAAAUUGUCAUUUGAAAUUACAUAAACCAAAAGAUUCUUCACCCGCAACAUCUACCAACGUAUUUGCAUCAUCAUGUAUUAAAUUACUGAUCAACAACUGCAUAAUGAAAGCAAUGAUUGAUUCCGGUUCUGACGGUUCCUUUAUUAGUCCUGAAGCACUAGCUAAACUUAACCCGCAACCAACUAUUUAUCCAACUAGUAAAAACUUCCAAGCAAUGAAUGGUACAAAAGUGCAUGUUUCUGGUUAUGUAAUAAUAACAAUGGAUUUUAAUCAAUAUUUAUCUAAAGAAACAGUCUAUGUAUCACCACAGACCAACAUAGAUUUACUUUUAGGACAAACAUGGAUCAAAAAACACCAAGCAAUUCUUAAUUGUAAAGAUCAAUGUGUUACUAUUAUGACUGAUGAAGGUUCAAAAUCUAUUCCAUAUAUACCAACAUAUGAUGAUAAUAGCAGUGACCCACAUCAACAAUAUAACAUUCGAUUGGUACAUGACAUUACCAUUAAACCUCGAACUGUACAACCAGUUGAUGCUAUUUGUCCAUCAAUUUCGAACGCGGACACAGUUAUUUUCCGUCCACGACAACAAUUACAAGAAGAUCUAUCAAUAUUGAUUCCAAAUAGCUUAUUGAACAUUUACCAUCAUCGAACGACAUUGUAUAUUGUUAAUCAUACAAAUACCGAUUGUGUAUUACCCAAAAAUUCAAAAUUAGGUAAAGUUCGUCAUGUACCAUUAACUAAUCUUUGUUGUAAUAUUACGGAAUCAUCGGAGCAAUCACAGCAAAAUGAUGCUAUACCAGAUAAAAUUGUCCAAGAUAUUAAUACAUUAAUUAAACACUUACAACCAGAACAACAACAAUUAAUUCGCCAAGUAUUAUUACAAGAAUGGAAAGUUUUCGACACCAGCAAACCAUCUCAAGCAAUAAACUUGAAAACCAAGCAUCGAAUCAUAACACAGGACCAUCCACCUAUUUAUCAAAGCGCUUAUCGUGUUCCUGAAUCCAUUAAACAACAACAGAAACAAUUAACCGAAGAAAUGGAAAAGAAUGGUCAAAUUAGCAAAUCACAAUCGCCAUGGGCAUCUCCAGUCCUACUGGUGAAGAAACACGAUGGAAGUCCAAGAUUCGUUGUUGACUAUAGAAAGCUUAACGCUAUUACUAUCCGAGAUAGUUACCCACUCCCUCGAAUAGAUGAUACUAUUAACCAACUAGCUGGAGCACGAUAUUAUUCAAAAUUUGAUUUAAAAAGUGGAUACCACCAAAUACCAAUUGAUCAUCGGGACAAACACAAAACAGCUUUCAUCACGUCAUAUGGUUUGUUUGAAUUCAACGUCCUGCCGCAGGGCCUGAUUAAUGGUCCACCAGUUUUCCAAAGAAUUAUGAAUGAAAUAUUAGGUGAUUUACUUGGGCAUCAUUGCUUGGUCUAUUUAGAUGAUAUAAUUACGUUUUCCAAAACCAUACAUGAUCAUGCUAAAGCAAUUCAUGCUAUAUUAAAUGCAUUAAAUAAUCACAACUUCAAAUUAAAUCUGUCGAAAUGUGCUUUAGCUCAUGAACAAAUUGAAUAUCUUGGACAUGAGAUUAAUUAUAAAGGUUAUAGACCAUUGCAGAACAACAUCAAAGCUGUCAUUGAUAUUCCACCACCAAAAACAUAUGAUGAAGCUCAUCGAUUUUAUGGCAUGGCAAAUUAUUACCGCUCAUUUGUCAAGAAUUUCGCACAAGUUGCCUAUCCAUUGCAAAGAUUUCAAGCAAAGAAAGGCGAAUUCAUAUGGAAAGAUGAACAACAAUUAGCAUUUGAUACAUUAAAGAACCAACUAGUAUCAGAACCAUGUAUGUUAACAUUUCCAAUACCUGAUGUUCCAUUCAUAUUAGCCACGGAUGCAUCAAAAUAUGGCAUUGGUGCAACAUUGAAACAAAAAGUCGGAAAGAACGAACAUGUAAUUGUAUAUUUAUCUCAAAAUUUAAACAAAGUAGAAAGAAAAUGGUGUGUUACUGAACAAGAAUGUUGGGCAAUUGUGUGGGCAAUUAAGAAGUUAAGAAUUUAUUUAUAUGGUACAAAAUUUACUAUUAUUACAGAUCAUCACCCGUUAUGCUGGCUAAAUAAACAUAAAUCUGAAAAUGAAAGACUUUAUCGUUGGUCAUUAGUUUUACAAGAAUAUGACUUCGAUAUUAAACAUAAAAGUGGCUCAUGUCAUUUAGAUGCGGACUGUUUAUCAAGAUCCACACCCACAAAUGAUAUGAUCAAUAACCCUGAUAAUGACGACCAUAACGAAGAUAAUAUUCCACUUCACAAUGAAUUUCGUCCAUCAACCAUCUCAAACAACACCAACACCUCAUAUAAUAAUGCAGUACAAACACGUGCACAAAAAUCUGCUUUGAAUAAUACAUUAUCAAUUCCAAAAUCAAAGUCUCAAGCAACAGCAACAUCAAUUAAAUUUAAAUCUAAUAAUUCAACUUCACAACUUGGUUUCGAUUAUUUGAAAAUUCCACAACAACAAUUAGUUGAUCCACUUAUUCAAAAACGGAUUCAUGAAAUACAAGAACACCCAAAUAAUUAUCCAUCAUUUGUGGUUGAGAAUGGUGUUUUAUACAAACUUAUUGAGAUCCAUCCAAGCCGAACCAAAAAGAAAAUCCCAUGGGUACCACAAUCAAUGAUCAAAGAUUUAUUAUAUUCAGCUCAUAUGCACCCAACAGCAGCACACUACGGAUCAGAUAGAACCUACUACAAAUUAAAAAAUAUCUACUAUUGGCCCAAUAUGUUAAAGGACGUCAAACAAUAUGUCCAACAAUGUUUAUUAUGUUCAAAAUAUAAUAUUCCCCGAUAUAAACCACCUGGACUAUUGGAAACACCAGAACCACCAAAUGAAAUAUUCGACUUAAUUGGCAUUGAUUUUUGGGGCCCAACACGUGAAACUACUAAUAAUGGCAAUCGAUAUAUAAUUACGUGCACAGAUCAUCUUUCAAAAUUUGUCAUCGCCAAAGCAAUACCAACAGCCUCAGCAAACGAAGCAGCUAAAUUUAUCGUUGAAGAUAUAAUUUUCAAGUAUGGUCAUGUUCCUAAACACAUCCUCACCGACCAGGGCUCCCAUUUUCACAAUAACUUGAUACAAGCAAUUACGAAAGAUAUUGGAAUCAAUCACAUCUUCUCAACAGCCUUCCAUCCUCAAACGAAUGGAAUCACCGAAAGAUUUAAUGCGACAAUCAAACCACAGCUAUGUAAAUUACAAGAUUCGAAUCGGAAUAACUGGGACGAAUAUUUACUUCCGAUUAUUUACUCUUAUAAUAUUGGUCAACAUCGAACAACGAAAUAUUCACCAUACCAAAUAGUAUAUGGAAGAAACCCUACUUUACCAUUUGACAAGCCUCAACCGAUGGUUCAAUUUAUAAAAUCUAAUGAUUAUUACAAUCAAUUCCGUCGAUAUCGCUCAUUUAUUAUACAACAGGUUCGAAAUAAUAUCCAAAAACAACAAAAAUUAAAUAAACAACGUUAUGAUCUACAUCGACAAAAUAUUCAAUAUAAAAUAGGACAGUUGAUAUUAGCAAAACCAGCUAUACGGAAUAACAAAAUGCAAGAAAUAUUUGAAGGACCAUAUCGUGUAAUUGAUAUUCUUGGACCAGUGACAUAUGUAAUCAAAUUAGAACAUUCAAAUUAUGUUAGACAAGUACAUGUGAAUAUAAUGAAACCAAUCUUUGAAUCACAAGAUUAA